GAUGGCGUAAGCACGCGACAGCCCAGCCCGUCUGGCUGGGGGCGAAGGCCGCUUUCUGCUGCAGCCGGGGGUGUCUUAACUUGCAGCUUCUCUGAGAGGCUGACAGCUGGGCAUGGGCCUCCCGAGGCUUCGCCAUGAGCUUCCUGAUCGACUCCAGCAUCAUGAUCACCUCCCAGAUACUGUUUUUUGGAUUUGGUUGGCUUUUCUUCAUGCGCCAGUUGUUUAAAGACUAUGAGGUGCGGCAGUACGUUGUGCAGGUGAUCUUCUCCGUGACCUUUGCAUUUUCCUGCACCAUGUUUGAGCUUAUCAUCUUUGAGAUCCUGGGAGUUCUGAACAGCAGCUCCCGUUACUUCCACUGGAAGAUGAACCUGUGUGUGAUUCUGCUCAUCCUGGUCUUCAUGGUCCCUUUCUACAUUGGUUAUUUUAUCGUGAGUAACAUCCAACUUUUGCACAAGCAGCGCCUGCUCUUCUCCUGUCUCCUAUGGCUGACCUUCAUGUACUUCUUCUGGAAGCUGGGCGAUCCGUUUCCCAUUCUCAGCCCAAAGCAUGGGAUCUUGUCCAUAGAACAGCUCAUCAGCCGGGUGGGCGUGAUCGGGGUGACGCUCAUGGCUCUGCUGUCCGGAUUUGGUGCCGUCAACUGCCCGUACACAUACAUGUCCUACUUCCUUAGGAAUGUGACUGACACGGAUAUCCUGGCCCUGGAACGGCGGCUGUUGCAGACCAUGGACAUGAUCAUAAGCAAAAAGAAAAGGAUGGCCGUGGCACGGAGAACCAUGUUCCAGAGGGGGGAGGUGCAGAACAGGCCGUCAGGACUCUGGGGCAUGCUGAAGAGCGUGACUGCAUCAGCCCCAGGAAGCGAAAAUCUGACUCUUAUUCAACAGGAAGUAGAUGCUCUGGAAGAACUAAGCAGGCAGCUUUUUCUGGAAACAGCUGACCUGUAUGCUACUAAGGAAAGAAUCGAAUACUCCAAAACAUUCAAGGGGAAGUAUUUCAAUUUCCUGGGUUACUUUUUCUCUAUUUACUGUGUCUGGAAAAUUUUUAUGGCAACCAUCAAUAUUGUUCUUGAUCGAGUUGGGAAGACUGACCCUGUCACCAGAGGCAUUGAGAUCACCGUGAAUUACCUGGGGAUCCAAUUUGACGUCAAGUUCUGGUCCCAGCAUAUUUCCUUCAUUCUGGUUGGAAUAAUCAUUGUCACAUCCAUCAGAGGACUGCUGAUCACGCUGACCAAGUUCUUCUAUGCCAUCUCCAGCAGUAAGUCCUCCAAUGUCAUCGUCCUGCUGUUAGCACAGAUAAUGGGCAUGUACUUCGUCUCUUCCGUGCUGCUGAUCCGAAUGAGCAUGCCCCCAGAAUACCGCACCAUAAUCACAGAGGUCCUGGGGGAACUCCAGUUCAACUUCUAUCACCGCUGGUUUGAUGUCAUCUUCCUCGUCAGUGCCCUCUCCAGCAUCCUGUUCCUCUACCUGGCUCACAAGCAGGCACCAGAGAAACAUAUGGCACCCUGAACUGAGACCCACUGCAAACUGUCAGAAAAGGAGACACAGUACCAGGGCCUUAAGUCCUUGAAGCAGAGGAGCUGUCCUGGAGUCCUAAGUGGCUGAGGCACAGGAGGGAGCAACCCCCCCACCCCCCACUCCCUGCCCCAGCAUUCGGCAGGGAGCCUGUGUGGGUCUGAGGCUGUGCAAAUGGGGAGGGGGAGGGUCAGGGCCUCAGGAGACCCUGGUGCUCCUCAGGUGCCUUCGUUUGAAAAAUUUAGUAAAAAUCAAGAGUUUGUAACACUGUGGCCUUGAGUUUACUAUCAGUCCCAGCUUGGUGUGCUGUGUUAUUGUGGUCUAAUGUGAAUACAUCUCUCCCUCCCUGCCCGACUUUACCCAGAAAAACACCCAAAGGUUGUCUGCUCUUUUCUGGAAAAGGGAUGGUAAGCAACUGAUAGAUUUUACCAGAAGAUUUAGGUGUGCCAUUUUUUAUUUCCUUUUAAAUCAGGGAAGAGUGGCUGUCCUAAACUAAUCAGUGGUGGGGUCUCGGGUCCUUCCCCUCUGUCGUGGGAUGAGUCACUGGACUGCUGUUAGCUGCAACAAGCCCUGUCCUGUCCUGGAACACAAGCUCUCCGAUUAUAGAAGGAA